CGGGUCGCGCUGCGCGGCGGCGCGGAGGGUUUUCCUGCGCCGCCAUCUUGGCCGCGGCGGCGGUGCUGUGGGGAAGGGGGGGGGGCGGCGGCAGCGGGACGGGCCGCGUUAUGGCCGCCACCGCCGCCAACCCGGAAAUGGCAUCAGAUGUCUCCUCGCUGGGCGCAGCCGUCGGCUCAGGGAACCCCGGGGCCGGAGCUCAGACUGGAGGAGCCAUCGUGCAGAGGGCAGCCAAGAGGCGUCCUGGGCUUGAUUUUGAUGAUGAUGGCGAAGGGAACAGUAAAUUCCUCAGGUGUGAUGAUGACCCGAUGCCAAACGACAAGGAGCGAUUUGCCAGGUCUGAUGAUGAGCAGAGUUCAGCGGAUAAGGAGAGACUUGCCAGGGAGAAUCACAGCGAGAUCGAACGUAGGCGGAGGAACAAAAUGACUGCCUACAUCACGGAGCUGUCUGACAUGGUGCCCACCUGCAGCGCCCUGGCGCGCAAACCAGACAAGCUGACCAUCCUGCGGAUGGCCGUGUCCCACAUGAAGUCCCUGCGUGGCACAGGCAACACGUCCACGGACGGCACCUACAAACCCUCCUUCCUCACCGACCAGGAGCUCAAACACCUCAUCCUGGAGGCGGCCGACGGCUUUCUGUUCAUCGUGUCCUGUGAGACGGGGAGGGUGGUUUACGUCUCGGACUCCGUGACUCCCGUCCUCAACCAGCCCCAGUCGGAGUGGUUCGGCAGCACGCUGUACGACCAGGUGCACCCGGACGAUGUGGGCAAGCUGAGGGAGCAGCUCUCCACCUCCGAGAACGCGCUGACAGAAGGAACCAAACCCUGGUGCCUUUCUAACAAGGAUCCUGCAGCCCCCCCUGAGAGUGCAUCUAAAGGUCGCAUCCUGGAUUUGAAGACGGGGACUGUCAAGAAGGAGGGGCAGCAGUCCAUGAGGAUGUGCAUGGGCUCCCGGAGAUCCUUCAUCUGCCGCAUGAGGUGUGGCAACAGCUCAGUGGAUUCAGUGUCUGUAAAUCGUCUCAGCUUCAUGAGGAAUCGCUGCAGGAACGGCUUGGGCGCGACGAAGGAUGGAGAGCCUCACUACGUGGUGGUGCACUGCACGGGUUACAUCAAGGCCUGGCCCCCUGCAGGUGUUUCGCUGCCUGACGAUGACCCAGAUGCUGGCCAGGGCAGCAAGUUUUGCCUCGUGGCCAUCGGCCGGCUGCAGGUCACCAGCUCACCCAACUGCACAGACAUGAGCAACGUUUGUCAGCCAACAGAGUUCAUCUCCCGGCACAACACAGAAGGCAUUUUCACCUUCAUAGACCACCGCUGUGUGGCCACUGUCGGCUACCAGCCACAGGAACUCCUGGGGAAGGACAUUGUGGAUUUCUGUCACCCAGAGGACCAGCAGCUUUUGCGGGACAGCUUUCAGCAGGGCCCAGCCCAGUGCUGCAGAGCUCGGAAUGGAUGUGAUUUGUUUGCCCUGUUGUGGUUACUCUUAUUUCUGAGGGCGCUGGACUUUGUGGCAGGGCAGGUGGUGAAGUUAAAAGGCCAGGUUCUGUCAGUCAUGUUCCGAUUCCGAUCCAAAAACCGGGAAUGGCUCUGGAUGAGAACCAGCUCCUUUACCUUCCAGAACCCCUACUCGGAUGAAAUUGAGUACAUCAUCUGUACCAACACCAACGUCAAGAACUCAAGCCAGGAAUCUCGACCUGCCCUGUCAAACCCAAUGCAGAGGCCCCAGCUGGGGCAGAGUGUCAGCCUUCCCCUGGAGAUGGGCACAGCGCAGCUGCCCUCAAGGCAGCAGCAGCCGCCGCCGCCGCAGGCAGAGUUGGAAGUGGUCCCAGGAAGAGAGAGCCUGUCCGGGUACGAGCAGGUCCCCGUGCAGCCCGCCGCCGCCGGGCCGGAGCACAGCAAGCCGCUGGAGAAGGCGGAGAGCCUCUUCAACCAGGAGAGGGACCCGAGGUUCGGGGAGAUCUACAGCGGCAUCAAUGCAGUCCCACGUAAGGAGCCGCCGCGCUCAGCGCUUCGGAGCCGCUCCGCCCCGCUCACCCGGCCUCUCUCCGCAGACCAGAACAAAGCCAUUCCUGCCAGCUCGCUGCCUGCCGCCCCCCCGCUGUUCCCACAGGGAAACGCUUUCACGCCGUCGCGGCCCGCUGACGGCUUCAGGAGCGGCAGCCUGGUGCCUCCGGUGAACAUCGUCCAGCAGCAGCCGGCGGCGUCGGGCCGGAUCCUGGCUCAGAUCUCACGCCACGCCAGCCCCGCUCAGGUCAGCGGGAGCAGCUGGGCGGCCGGGACCCGACCGGCGUUCACGGCCCAGCAGGUGGCCUCGCAAGCAGUGAAGGCCCGGCCUCCUUCCUUCAGCAUGGGAACGUUCCAGGGCACCCCGUCCUCCUUCAGCCCCAUGGCAGCUCCAGGCUCCGCGGCUUCCCCCGGCAGCUCUGCGUUCCCAAACCUCCCCGGCCGCGGCGUGGGCUUCACCGCAGAUGCAGCGCAGGCCCCCGCCUCGUUCCAGCCCCGGGCGGCGGCCGAAGGAGUGGGGAUGUGGCCGCAGUGGCAGGGCCAGCAGCACGGCGCGGCGCCGGGGGAGCAGCACGUGCAGCAGCCCGGCCAACCCGAGGCCUUCUCGGACAUGCUGACCAUGCUGGGAGACCAAGGCCCCAACUACAACAACGAGGAGUUCCCCGAGCUGAACAUCUUCCCUUCUUUUUCAGAGUAAAACUGGAGCUCUGGGGGCGGAGCGGCCGCGCUGUAACGUUAAACGUGCGCCUAAGGGAAGCAAAGGCGCCGCUCUGGUGGGGCUCAAAGGCUGCUGAACUUUGUGAACUCUUUGCCUGCUGGAGGCUCCGUGCUGCCCGCGGCGCUCAGUGGGACUGAAGGGCGGCCGCCCCCCUUUUGUCCCCCAGACUCCCGAGGCGGCUUUUCCUGUUUGUAUUUCCCUCUUCUCUACCGCGACUUUUCUAUAAAAACACAAAAGGACGUUGGGUGCCUCUGCUGCCACCACGGAGCUC